AGGCUACACCCGUGUCCUACGGGCGAGCACUUAUAUAUAUCUGACUCGUAGUGAUAUUCAACAAGUACUUACUACAUUGAAUUUCGGAAUCAGGUAUUCUUAGCAAACUGCAUGAUAUAUUUGUUAGUUAAUGCGACUUGGAAUUUAGACCGAAGGACCACUUAUCUAUUUAUUCUCCCUUCUCCUGAGACUUAACGGUAGACUCUCACCUUUCUCACCUUUUCUCAACUCAACCUAUUGUUAACUAAACUCGCAACUAGCAACAUAAACAUAAAAUCAUCAUGGCGACGAAUAGCACUUCGUUCCAGGUUGUUCCAGGAUUCUUCCGCCAUUACGAGGAGCCCACCGGGCCACAAUUCCGAGCGAUAACGCUACCAAACAUGGGCUUGAUCGAUCGCGCCUAUGAGACGGACGCAAUUUUCGACCCAGAAGGCAAGAAGACACAAUGGGAACGAUUCAUCCGCUUCCUAGAGCAUAGGAACGAGCAAGGACAGGGCCGAGUCCAGUAUAAGCUGAUUUUCCUUAUCAGACACGGUCAAGGCUACCAUAAUCUUAAGGAGGCCGAAGUAGGGCGACAUGCAUGGGAGUCGUAUUGGUCGCAUCUGGACGGCGAUGGCCGUACCGUUUGGGCUGACUCUCAGCUGGCAGAAAAGGGGAAGCAGCAAGCACAAGCACUAAAUGAUUUCUGGCGGAAUGCGAUUGCGACAGGAAUGCCGGCACCACAGAAGUACUAUACGAGUCCCCUUGCUCGUUGUCUCGCGACGACCAGCAUCACAUACUCGGGUCUCGACGUACCAGCCGAUCGACCUUUUACACCAAUUAUCAAGGAGAAUCUGCGGGAGCGUUUCGGAAAGCACACCUGUGAUCGUCGCAGCACGAGAAGCUGGAUUGCGGACAAUUACCCCGGUUUCCAAAUCGAAUCGUCCCUUAGCGAAGCCGAUGAAUUAUGGCAGCCAGACCGUCGGGAGACAGAGGAAGAGAUUGCUGACCGAGUGAGAACUCUCCUGCGUGACAUCUUCAGCAGAGAUGAUAAGUCCAUCCUCUCAUUCACGGCACACUCGGGAUUCCUCAGGGCUCUGUAUGGUGUUAUUGGUCAUCCUGAUGUUUGGGUAUCAGCAGGUGCUACAGUGCCUGUUCUGAUUAGAGUAUCGUAGGCGGGUAUAGAUACAUUAGACUUGGUGUCGGGGUGAGAAUUACGAGUUAUGACUUAUAUGACUUAUACAACUCGAACACGGACAGAAUAGGGGAGAGCAGGUCCUCGCCUAAGGUGCUUAGGUAAUUACAUAAUUACACGAUAAUAUAGCACUUG